AUGUUCUGGGGCCUUAAGGUUGAACCGAAUAGAAGUUAUUCGCAAAAAGUCAUCCAACCUUUCCAUCUAAGUCAAGCGGUCUUAGAUGUGAACAUCCCAACGGCAAACAAGGAUGUUCAACUGAUUCUGAGCAGCACGAAUUGCGAGAAUGGCGACAAUAUCCACACCGUUGACUACAUUCUAUGUGUUUUAAAGAUGUCCAGAACAGUGCAGGUUCCUUUGAAUCUAAUUUUCUCAGCAGGCGAUGAUAUUACGUUUCGUAGUGUCGGCGGAACUGUACAUUUGAUUGGAUAUUCGCUAGAUGAACGGAGUGACGAAGCUGAAACGUACGAUAGUAGACAUACGGACAGACGUCGAAUUUCACAAGAAAGUGGUGACAGUGAGGGUGGUUCCGGCGACGAAGGGGAUGGUUCAGAUGAUGAAAUGGGCACUGAAGCAGAGGAUGGUUCAAAUGAUGAAGAGGGCGCUGAAGUCAAAGUGGAAGAGGAAGAGCCAAUCCCCCCACCAGUGAAAAGACCUAAAUUUAACGAGACUUCCAACAUCAAUGAACCUAAGAAAGCACAGACGCCGAAAGUGGUUAAAAAUAAAAUCCGGCGACUCGAUGGCGAUAUAGUUAUUGAAGAUAUUCGGAAAGGAAAGGGCACUGUCGUCAAAUCGGGGAAUAAAGUUGAGAUCUAUUUCGACGGCCGUUUGGAAUCAAAUAACAAAUCCAUCGAAAAACUUAAUGUUGGCAAAGGAUAUACGUUCACAGUAGGCAAAGGUGAAGUCAUCCAAGGAUGGGACAUUGGAAUCGUGGGCAUGAGAACUGGUGGCAAACGAAAAGUCAUCUGUCCACCAGGAAAGGCCUAUGGCCCAAGAAGCUAUCAGAAAGGCAUACCACAGAACGCCACAUUAGUGUGUUUGGUCAACAUAUUAACACCACCGGCAAUUUAA